AUGGGAGUACUGUUAAACUCCUCUGAAUUUAUGGAAUCCAGCAUUUCUAAUUUUGAAGAAUGUGAAAAGAUAAUUUUUGAUGAACAAUUUCCUGAAUAUAUAGGGAGAAUGUUAAUUAUAUCUGGAUUGGCACGAAAAAACGAAUAUUACGUAGAUAUUGCUGAUCGAAUCAUAAAUUAUAUUAAAAAUAGAAAAUAUGAGGAAUUGUUGACAUUUGUGGUAAUUCAUCAUGGAAAUAAUUUUGUUGAAAUUGCUAAAAUUUUGAAGGACAAGAUUAUAGCAUCUGAAGAUGCAAAUUUGGUAAAAAUUGAAAAUGAUGUGUUGGGUUUGGAUGCGUUUUUCAAAUUUAUUUUAUCGGAAGGCGAUGAAGCUAAUGAGGAAAUUGUUGAAGAUAAAGGAGAUGUAGAGGAUGAGGAAAUUUUUGAGCGAAAUGUUGAAGAGAUUGAAGAUGACGGAUUUGUUAACGAAGAUGAAGAGGAUGGAAUUGCUGAAGAAGAUGAAAGAGAUUUGGGUAAAGCUAGUGAUUCUAUAGCGAGUUAUGGUUCUAUAGCGAGUUUUGAUUCUGAUUAUGAUGAACUAUCUCCAAAUUUAAAAUGCUUAUCGUAUACAGAAAAAGAGUAUGGAACUGAGGUGAAGAUGGGAAAUUUUGAAUAUGAGUAUACUGCUGACUACCAUAAUGGAGAUUGGAUUAAAUUGAACGAUUUAUGUAGAAGAAUGGCAAUUUUCGAAAACGAUCUUGAUAGUAUUUUAGAAUAUCUACCGAGUAAAAUGAAGAGAAGAGGUGAUUUUAAAACAUUUAAUGAAUGGAAGAAUGGACAAAAUGAAAAUUCUAUUUCGAGUAGAAUUGAAAAGCUAAAAAAGAGGUGUGAAGAGAUAGAACAGGUGAUGGCAAGCAAAUCAGAAUUUACGUGUAGUCGUUAUCAUCCAAUUACUGAUUCAACUGAUCCAUUUACUAAGUCGGAUAAAAAUAGAUCAGCAUCUUUAUUGACAAUUUUGGAAUAUAUUCAAUCUUUGUCAGAUUACGAUAAAUUACGCUGGGAGUUGCAAAAUAAAUUAUUUUUGCCUCUUCCACAAUGGCGAAGGCAAGAAUUGGCCAAGUUAUAUUGCGAAAAGGUGUUUAAAAUUUAUGUAGGUCAUUUUAUAGUUUAG